AUGAGGAGUCUGAGUUUGCUCGCAGGCUGCGCUGCAGCGCUGCUCUCCUUCGCCCAGGCCGAGGCCAAUCUCAGCGACCCUGACGUCUCCAAGCAGAUGCUCAGCGGCACCUUCGAACCUCCGCAAGUCUUCCAGCACACGAACCUCGUCCGAACCGUCAACCUGGAGAAGGAGUACCCCCGCGAAACAAUCAACGUCGUUGUCGAGAACAUCGACUCGAAGGCGCAGCAGGAAUACUACCUGCCCUUUCCUCAGGACCUGAUUGCCAGAGUCGGAGGUCUGGAUGUCAAGGACAAGAACAAGCCCGACGCAAUCUUCCCUAGCCCGGAGAUUGUUGGCAUUGAUACGUACAGCCCCAUCGAGUACUACCGCGUCACCUUCCCUACCCCGUUGGCCCCCAAGGAGAAGCUCACUCUGUCCAUCACCUACUCGAUCCUGUCCGCCCUGAGCCCUCUGCCCGCCAGCAUUGCUCAAGCAGACAAGCAAUAUGUUCAGAUCACCCUCAAUGCCUACACAAACUCGGCCUACAAGACUAUGAAGCAGAAGACCAAGCUGAAGAUGCCCACCAACGACGUUCCCGAGUACACUGUCGUCGGCACCAACGCCGAGGGUCAACAGGAUCCCGUCAAGCAGGGUGUCAGCUUCACCUACGGUCCCUACGGCGAGGUACCUGCCGGUGCCAACCAGCCUGUCUCUUUGAGAUAUGAGUUCACCAAGCCUCUGUUGCACGCUUCGCUCGUCGAGCGCGACAUUGAAGUCAGCCACUGGGGCGGCAACAUCGCUACCGAGGAGCGCUACUGGCUCGAGAACAGAGGUGCUACCCUCAAGAACCAGUUCUCGCGUGUCCAAUGGCAACAGACUCAAUACUUCAACCCUCCUUCCUCAGCUCUCAAGGAGCUCGAGUACCCCCUGAUCAUCGGGAGUGCCAACCCUUACUUCAUCGACGACAUUGGCAAUGUCAGCACUUCUCGCUUCCGUCCCAGAAACACUCCCAAGGAGGCUCUUCUGCAGCUCAAGCCCCGUUACCCCGUAUUCGGUGGCUGGAAGUACAGCUUCAAGGUCGGAUGGGACAACGACCUCAAGAACUUCUUGCGCAAGCUCAAGACUGGCGAUGGCUACGUCUUGAAGGUUCCCUUCCUUGAGGGUCCCAAGCAGCCUGAGGGUCUUGAAAUCGAGAAGCUGAUUCUCAGAGUCGUUCUCCCAGAAGGUGCAACCAACAUCAAGUUCGAGACCAAGGUUCCCAUCAUUUCUUCCGAAGUCAGCACACACCGCACCUUCAUGGACACGAUCGGCCGCUCGACACUGCAGCUGACGGCAUUGAAUGUUGUCGACGACUUCCGCGGCAAGGACCUUGUCGUAACAUAUGAUUACCCUGUCCUCGCCGGCUUCAGGAAGCCUAUUGUCAUUUUCGCGUCCCUCAUGGGCACUUUCGGAGUGGCAUAUCUCAUCAGCAGACUCGAUGUCAGCAUCGGCAAAAAAGCAUAG